AUGGAGGAUGAUAAAAAGGGAAAGAAAAUUCGGCAACCCAUGAAGCGAAUUGAGAACUUACAUACACGAGAUGCAAGGAAUCACAUUGAGAAUGCUAGGAAAUUGAGACUUGGGGUAGGAGAUGCUGAUUCUCUUACACUUUAUUUUCAUGACAUGCAACAACAAAAUUCGAAUUUCUAUUCUGCAAUUGACUUAGAUGAAGAUGGUCGCAUGCGAAACUUGUUUUGGGCGGAUGCAAGAAAUAGGGCGACUUACAAAGCAUUUGGGGAUGCUGUCUCAUUUGACACAACCUAUCUGAUAAACAAAUAUGAUAUGCCAUUUGCUCCGUUUGUAAGAGUUAAUCACCAUGGACAAUCAAUUUUGUUUGGUUGUGGGCUGUUAUGUAAUGAGAACACGGAGACAUUUGUUUGGCUAUUUAGAGAAUGGUUAGGUUGCAUGUCAGAUGCUCACCCAAAAGCCAUAAUAAUUGACCAGUGCAGAGUGAUUCAAAAUACCAUAUUAAUUGUAUUCCCACAGUCUCGACAUCGAUGGUGCUUAUGGUAUAUAAUGAAGAAAAUUCUGGAGAAAUUGAGAGGAUAUUCCCAAUAUGAAUCUAUCAAGUUCCCUUUGCAAAAUGCAGUUUAUGAUAGUUUCACAAAAACUGAAUUUGAUGAAGAAUGGCAAGCAAUGCUUGCAAAGUUCAGUCUUUAUGAUAAUGAAUGGUUGGGGGUAUUAUACGAUCAACGACAUAGGUGGAUUCCUGCCUAUGUGAAAGACAUUUUUUGGGCUGGCAUGUCAACUACACAGCGAAGUAAGAGCAUGAAUGCAUUUUUGGAUGGAUAUGUGAACUCGAAGACUACUUUAAAGCAAUUUGUUGAGCAGUAUGACUAUCACGACCCGCUCCCCAUACCCAAGGGUUAA